GCGACAGUGUUAAAUACGAAAUAUAACUUUAUUUUAAAAGAAGCUUCCUAACUGUGUUGAUUACAUUGUUUUUUAAGUUAUUAAAUGGUUUUUAAGUGAUUAAAAAUUUAAAUUUAACUAUGAAGAUUACUUGUCAUAUUAACUCAAGUUCAUCCACUGUAGACUCUAGGUCCAUGGAAACAUCAAGAAAUGAUAACAGUUCAUCCACUAUAGACAAAGAAUCCAUGGAAACAUCAUCAAAUGUUAUUAACCGUACGGAAAAACCUGCAGAAGAACACUACAGAAUCAAUAAUGAAGAUGAGUCCGACAAAGAAGCCAGUGACAAUGAAGAAUAUAAUUCAAAUGUUGACCGUAUUGACAGAUCUGAUUCAGUAGAUUUAAAAGGUUUUGUGAAAGAAGAUCCCGAAAAAAUACCGACUAGUUUUGCUGCAACGAAAACAGCUGCACAAGGAAUGAUGGACAUAGCCCUUAUUACAGCAAACGCCAAUCAGCUGCGAUACGUUUUAGAAUAUAACGAAUACAUACCGACAUACCAUUUGCUUAUAGUGCUAAUAGCUAUUUCAUUAAUAUUACAAGUUAGUGUUGGAGUUUGUCUGAUAUUUAAAGGAAGAAUGGAUUUUAGGGGAACUGGUAAAAAUAAGAGGGCAAAAAAACUGAAGAAUAUAGUUGUAGUAAAGAUAUUUUUUAUCACCAUUAUCAACGUGUUCAUUGCUUGCUUUACGACUAGCAAUAAAGUUGAACUAAAAAAUUAAAAAUUUGACUUUUAUUUAAACAAACAAUAAUUACUGUUACCACAAUAUACACAACAAGGUCUGUUCGAUCUGGUACUAAAAUACUAAAAAUCACUGCAACACUGCACAUCAUACAAUGGUGGCCAUUUUUGUUGUUUACAAUUCUUGUGCUUUGGGUUUGUACAGAUUAAUAAUCGUUUUAAACGUUGUGUUUCUUACAGAGAGUGUUAAGUGUUAAGAACAAUUAUUUUACCCUUUUUUUGUAAAAAAUAAACCUUAUUCUAUCAGGGCUGUCAAAUGUCAAUUUGAAGGUUAAUUUGUGGGUUAUAAAAUAACCUGAUUUUUUUUUACUACGAGAUCGAACAGACCUUGUUGUGUGGAUUGUGACUAUUAUUAAUUAUUUUUAAUUGUUUAUUUAUUUCAACCGUCAAACGAAGGUUUUUAAAUAUAAUACUUUUUUGUAAGAGUUAAUUGAAGAAAAAUAUUUACAUGCUCACAUUCUAAAAACUGCCAAGGAAUGUAAUAAAGUGUUUGAAAAAAAU